GGAGAAGAAGAAGAACGUAGUUGUUGGUAGUGAAAUGUGCUGUAUUUACUCCUGAACGUUAGCGGUCAGUCAUUAGUGUUCGGAUAGCGGAGUUAACCGAUAUGGGCACGUUUGAGGAGGACAGAGUGACGGUUCCGUUUGGGACAAAACAACUGGAUGCUGUGUUGUCUGUCCCUGCCUCAGCAAAAGAUACUUCCACAGCCGUCUUACUCACACAUGGUGCUGGUGGAGACAUGAACCUCAAACAUCUGGUUUCUCUGGCACAUACUCUGGCGUCAAAUGGCUUCCUCUCUCUCCGUUUCACAUGCAAAGGUUUAAACUUGAGUUAUAGAGUCAAGGCGUACCAUGCUGUGUUGGACUACUUGAAAUCUCAAGAGACGUUUACCAUAAAUCACAUAUUUGUUGGAGGCAGGUCAAUGGGAUGUCGUGCAGCUGCAGCUUUGGCCAGGCAGCUGAAUGAGGAAAAAGAAGGUACAGUGCAGGGUGUCAUCUGUCUGUCUUUCCCUCUGCACCCACCAAGACAGACACAUAGCCAUCGGCAGAGGAGUGAAGAUCUCAGGAGGCUGCCUGAACACACGUCUGUACUGUUUGUGUUGGGCACUGAGGACAACAUGUGUGAUAGGGAUCUUUUUGAUGGGAUGGUGAAAGAACUCAAAGCUCAAGUUGAGGUUUUCUGGCUCGAAGGAGGCAGUCAUGGGCUAACAGUGAAAGGAAGGUCGGAUGAUUCCGUGUUGGAUGAAAUUAAUUUACAUGUCAUUACCUGGAUUCGUAAACAAGGAGCAUAGAUUAAUUCAUAUAAUCAUUUUUUAUUAUUAUUAUUUUUGUUGUAUUUUUUUAAAUAAAGGGCAUUUCUUUGCAAA